AUGGUGGAGGAGGAGCAGCAGCCUAAAGAUGUCAGUGCACUCACGAACAAUGACAGUGGCCCUCAGGAGGGGAUAAUGCCUACAACUCCAUCCUCAGCACCAACGACCCCUGGGAAGGAGGCAGAGUCCCAAGAAAACCCGAAGCUCUUCGACAAGGACACCGCAGUGGUAAAGAUCCAGGCGUGGUGGCGCGGUACGCUGGUCCGCCGGUCGCUGCUGCACGCGGCUCUGAGCGCUUGGGUCAUCCAGGGCUGGUGGCGGCUGAUGCUGGCCAGGGCAGCCGAGAAGAGGAGGCAGGGUCUGCUGGACGUCUUUCAACAGGAGGAGUGGGCGGCGGUCAAGCUGCAGUCCUGGGUCCGCAUGUGGCGAGUCCGCAGGUGCUACUGCCGGGUGCUCAGCGCUGUCCGAGUGAUCCAGGCCCACUGGAGGUGCCACACCUGUGUUUCGCAGGGCCUCAUCAAGGGACAAUACCAAGCCACAUCCGGCCAGCUACAUCUUGAGCUGGAGAUCUUGCAAGGCUCACGCCCUUGCUAUGUGUCGGAGUGUAUUCCCCUCCCAAUAAAGCAAUGA